AUGUUUGAUGUCUACCAAAAGACCAUCCUGGCCGCCGCCGUUAUUUACGUGCCUGCCCUCGCAUUCGCCAAAGUCGGCCUUAUCAUCCUCUAUCACCGUAUUAUCAACAAACAGUAUACCUACAAAUGGGCACUUCACAUUAUCUCAGCUAUCAUUUGCGGGUAUAGCCUCGCUAUUGUUUUUGCCUUGAUCUUUGCAUGCAACCCCAUUCAGAGGAGUUGGGAUUCCUCCAUCACGCGGGGUUCUUGUAUUGAUCGCAGUGGCUUGUACAUUGCAACGGCUGUGACCAAUAUCGUGUCGGACCUGGCGCUUAUCUUGGUUCCUGUCCCACUGGUGUUAGGCCUACAAAUGCCGCGAGUCCAAAAGAUUGGACUUCUCGUGAUGUUCAUCGUUGGCUGCGCUACAUUUAUUACCAGCAUUUUGCGGCUCACCACCCUGAUUCCCACCCUUACAGCGACAGAUGUUACAUACGCCAUAGCAGAUGCACAACUUUGGAUUUAUGUCGAAGCGAACCUGAUUAUCAUUUGUCCCUGCCUGCCAUUCCUCCGACAGUUUCUGCGAUACUACUCCCCCUCCUGGAUUGGCGAAGCGAGCAGUUCCGGCCAACGCUACUUCAGUUACUAUGGUACAGGGACCGCCCCGCGCAGCCGUCGCAAGCAGGGCCUCACCCUUCUACAGGAUGACAUCGCACUCGCGGAGAGCACCGAGAGCACCCACAGUCAAUCGCAUAUUGUCAAAGAGGUUCAGUGGCAGGUGACCGAAGAGCGAGGGAAUACGGAAUCGGCACCCCCUGUUGGUUUCUCUCAUCGAGUUUAA